ACAUCCGAACAAGAAGAGGAGCAAGAACAACAAAUGCUUUUAUAUUUGCAAUAAAACCAUGGUAAAUGUUAUGAAAGGAGUGCUUGUCGAAUGUGAUCCGGCUAUGAAACAAUUUUUACUACAUUUGGAUGAGAAGCUGGCGUUGGGUCGAAAAUUCAUCAUUCAAGAUUUGGACGAGAGUCAUCUAUUCAUUUCCACGGACAUUGUUGAAGUGCUGCAGGCGCGUGUCGACGAGUUAAUGGAUCGCAUCAGCUUUCCAUUGCACGAGAAGGACGCCUAAGCAACAACAAAAAACCAAACAACAAAAUACAAAAGUUCUACAAGCAAAAUUAUGACGGGUCGCGAAUCGCAUAGGAUCAAGGAUGCGGAAAAGAAACGUGUCCUGGAUGAAGCGGCACGCAAGCGACGCGCACGCAAAGCUCUCGAAGCUUUGGAGCAGGACAACUUUCAAGAUGAUCCUCAUGCGGAUCUAGUGAUGUCGAAAAAGUUACCCAAAUUCCAGGAGAGCAUCAAGAACGGCAAAGAGAAGAAGGGCAAACGCAAAGGAGCCGAAUACUUUCGCGCUAAAUAUCGCAAAAAUUUCCAGCAACUGCUCGAGGAGGAUAAGCAGAGGCCGAAUUAUGAAAGUGCCGCUGCGCCGCCGCCAAAGAAACCCGUUCGCCAUUUCUGUGCCGUCUGUGGUAACUUUUCGCAAUAUUCGUGCACCGCAUGUGGAACGCGAUAUUGCCGCGUGCGCUGCCUGCGCACCCAUCAAGACACACGUUGCCUCAAGUGGACCGCCUGAUUUGUUUGUAGAGCCCCAUUCCUCCAUAUCCAAUACAAAUACAUGCAAUAAAACCAAAAUUUGAAAACUGUUA